AUGGCAUCUGCAAUCUUUAUCUUGGACCUCAAGGGCAAGGUCCUUAUUUCUCGCAACUACAGAGGCGAUAUCCCAAUGAGCGCUGUGGAAAAGUUCAUGCCUUUGAUUUCGGAGGCUGAGGAUGAGCAAAUUCCUUUACCUUGUUUUACUCAUGAAGGUAUCAACUACUUGUACCUCAAGCAUAGCAAUCUCUACCUGCUGGCCAUCACGAGAAAGAACACAAACGCAGCAUCCAUCAUGUUGUAUCUCCACAAGCUGACAGAAGUGUUUUCAGAGUAUUUCAAGGAGCUAGAAGAGGAGUCUAUUCGAGACAAUUUUGUCAUAGUGUAUGAACUGCUGGAUGAAAUGAUGGAUUUUGGAUAUCCUCAAACAACUGAAACCAAGAUUCUGCAAGAAUACAUUACUCAAGAUGCGCACAAGUUGGAGGUUCAAGUGCGUCCUCCUAUGGCUGUUACAAAUGCAGUUUCUUGGCGUUCCGAGGGUAUCAAAUACAAGAAGAACGAGGUCUUUUUGGAUGUCAUUGAAAGUGUAAAUUUAUUGGUCAAUUCAAAUGGUAAUGUUUUGAGAAGCGAGGUGUUGGGGUCUGUCAAAAUGAGAUGUUAUUUGUCUGGCAUGCCUGAGCUUCGUUUGGGCUUGAACGAUAAAGUCAUGUUUGAAGCCACUGGUAGAGGAAACUCGUCAGCAAAGGCAAUUGAAAUGGAAGAUGUAAAGUUCCAUCAGUGUGUACGUCUAUCGAGAUUCGAAAACGAUCGUACAAUCAGUUAUAUCCCACCUGAUGGCGAUUUUGAACUGAUGAGCUAUCGUCUUCAGACAAGUGUAAAGCCGCUUAUUUGGGUAGAAGCUGUUGUAGAGACAUAUUCUGGAUCUCGUGUCGAGUAUCUUGUCAAGGCCAGAGCACAAUUCAAACGCAAGAGCACUGCCAACAAUGUGGAGAUCGAGGUGCCUGUCCCUGAUGAUGCCGAUACACCCAAAUUCAAGUGUAGCAAUGGAUCUGUGUCUUACAAGCCAGAAAGAUCAUGCCUAGUCUGGAAGAUCAAGCAAUUCCAGGGCGGAAAAGAGUUCAUUAUGCGUGCUCAUUUUGGUUUACCUUCUGUCCAAGCAGCUGAAGACACCGAAAAGAAACCUCCAAUCAACAUCAAGUUUGAAAUUCCUUACUUUACAGUUUCUGGCAUUCAAGUCAGAUACCUCAAGAUUGUCGAAAAGAGUGGAUAUCAAGCAUUGCCUUGGGUUAGAUACAUUACACAGAAUGGAGAUUAUCAAAUGAGAAUGCCCGAAUCCAUCAAAGCAGCCAAGCACAAUGCUACAAACGACUAUUGA